AUGCCCCUGAUUGAUCUAACCGGGGACCGCGAUGCGGACACGGAAUUCGAGGCAGCUGUUGGGGGCGAUGUGUUCCUGGAUGCUCAGGAGGAAUUUCCGGCCUCGAACCCUGAAGUCGGGGUCGAGGGAAAUGUGGCUGAGGGCGGAAUUCCGAGGGGCGGAAUUCCGAGGGGGGUGUUCAUUGAUCUCGCGGAAGAUGAUGACGACCCCCACCGAGCGUUGUUUGAGGAGGAUUGGGAGGAAAAUGGUAGCCGAAGUCCAACCUCUGAAGAUAAUGCCACCCGGCGAAGUCUUUUUGGGGAACCGCCCCGUGGCAAUGUGAACGGCCCAGAAUCACAGGCAUCGCCACAUGGAAGUGCACAUGGUGUCGGAUCGUCGGCUGCGCCCGCGGGAAAUGCUGAGGGACAAGAACCAGAGGCUGCGCCACAGGGAAAUGCGGAGGGGCAAGCAUCGCAGGCCGCGCCUCAGAGAAAUGCAGAUGGGCCAGCAUCAGCUACGCAUGAGUCAGUUCGAAAACAGGCCGACGUGGCCAGCAGGAUUCGCCGCGCAAAAAUCCCUUUCGAUUAUCUCGCGGCGAAAACCAGAAAAGACUACAUCCUGUAUUGGCUGCACUACAAGUGGUGGGUCAUCAUGUUCAUGUCAACGUUGCACAAGACUGAGGUCCCGGCGGAGGAGCGUCUGAACCCUCUGGCGCCUGACGAGGUUGGAAUCCAUCUGGGGAACGACAAAAAGGCGGAGUGGUCAACUGUGGAUUUGGAUCAAGUUUAUCUCCACGGGCCCCGUGUUACUGGAUGGAGGAUUCAGAGGUUCCUGCGGUACAUGGCAGAGGAAACCCCCGCGCAGGCCGAGAUGAUGCGGAGGGGCGAAGAAGUGGUGGCUGGAAAGGAGCCCAUCCCUAGUACGCCGAGCAUGAUGAAGGCAAAGAUGAGCGCUUUGGGCUUCCUGGGCAGACUUGAAGCUCGACUCUACGACUACCCGAAGGCCCAAGCAAAUGAGUACAUCGGCGAAGCGCGGGAGUACAUGAAGCUCAAGCUGAAACAGCUGCACGACAAGCAGGUGAUGAUUCAGCUCGCACACCAAAUGUUGGGAAGGGGAUGCAGCAUUCGUGCUCUUCGAUUCGCCAACAUGUUUGUCCGCCACACGCGUAGCAGCACGGCCGUCCCCGACCGCCAGAAGGAUCUCCCUGUUGGGGUUUUCGCCUCUCGAAAGUCCAAGACGAAUGCGACCAACAGGCUGACCCACCAAUUCUUGGCCCGACACAUCAACUUCGCGCUUUGCGGUGUUGGUGGUCUUUUUCUGUGGAUUCAUUUCGUCUACGACCUCGUGCCUCUGCGAUUCGGAGCGGACAUCAUUCCGCCACUGGACUUCAGCGACCCCCUCCAGUGGUCAAAGAAGCACAUUUUUUUCCCAUUGAGGCACGGAAGGGAACAACUGCAGGAAGAGCUUCCGUACGUGACCCACAACAAUUGGAUUAAUUGGGUCAUGAAGGAAGUAGCUCGACCGCCCUGGCGGAUCAGCAAAAAGACCCAUGCGUUUCGCCGGUCGGGAGCCCAAGGCCUGAGUGACGAUCGCUGUCCCGACCCCGACAUCAACGCUCUCGGCGGUGAUGCGAUCUACAAGCUGAACUCAUCCCGAAAGUACCAGCAGCUCCUGGUGGAGAACAACCUGUACCGGACGGAAUGUGGUCAGAAGGAUCACGAGAUCGGCGAGCUGAAGAACAGGCUCGCUGAAACCGAAGAGAGGGAGAAGAAGACGGCCGCUGAAAACGAGCAGCUCAAAGCGGAGCUGGCUGCUCUGAAGGCGCGUGCAGGGAGCAGCGCGAACGCACAGGCUGCUGAUCGAGGGACGGGCUCGUCGACAAUGGAGGAAGCUGGCGGGGAGGCUCCGAAGCCCCAGAAGGCACAAGUCACCACUCCAGUGCAGGCAUUUUUCGACCUUGUCGUUAAACCCUGGCGGGACUCGGAGACGGUCGCAGAGGCAUGGGAACACUGGGUGAAGGUGACAUUUUUGAUGGACGGAAAGACUCUCCGCCAGCUGUCGUCCGAAAAAAGUUUCUACCCCACUUUCUCGUACAUUGAGAAGGGUGUGAAGGACGAUACUGGCGACAAAAAAAUGAAGCGGAUGAGGAACGUGAUGCUCACCGUCGAGAAGUACAGGGCUAAUGAAUCGGAGGAGGCCACCCGAGAUGCCAUUGCAAAGAUCCAAAAGGACGUGGUGGAUCGGAGUUCGAUCAGCGCUCUGGCGGAUGGCGUGAUUCUCGGAAACGAGCCACCUCCGAAGAGGGAUAAUCCCGGCAAGGAUAAGACGACGGAGAACAAGCGCCGCAAGGUCGGGUACCUCUUCUUCGCCGCCCAGAUGGAAGGUGACGCGUGGGGAGAGAAGAUGUUUGGGGAAGAUGUUUGGAAGCAGAUCAAGAUCGACGAGCCAAAGAAGCUGGCUAAACUGAAGAAGUAG